GAUGUUUGGACCAGGAUGUUCUGCAUCCUGUCAGACUCUCAGCUUCUGAUGCUGGAUGACUUGGAGGUUCAUCCUCUGCUGCUCACAGAGAGGGCGGAGACCUGCACCAUCUGGUUGCUAAGAUACACUCUACAUGUGACCCCAGCAGCUCCUGGCUCCGCCCAGAAAGACGCGGCAGAGAAGAGAAUACGGAGACAGAGCAUGCCCAGUGGCUCCAUGGUGGACAGACCCCCAACCCGGGUGACGGGGUUCCUAUCCCACAGGCUCAAGCAGUCUCUGCGCCGCACUCGCUCUCAGCCCAAACUGUCGCGUCACAUCAGCCUGAAGUCCGACUCCACCAAAGCUGCAGACAGCAGGUGUGUGAUGCGGCGGCUGCGCUGCGGUAGCCAGGAGUCGUUGCUAAGCACCGGCUGCGUAUCAUCUCUGGAGCUCAGAAUGGACCAAUCAGUGAUCAUCAAACCCGUUCACUCCUCCCUACUGGGACAGGACUACUGCUUCGAGGUCACCACCUCCACAGGCACCAAGUGCUUCUCGUGUCGCUCGGCGGCAGAACGCGACAAAUGGAUGGAGAACCUUCGGCGAGCCGUCCACCCCAACAAGGACAACAGUCGGCGGCUGGAGAACGUGCUGACGGUGUGGGUGAUUGAGGCCAAAGACCUGCCAGCUAAGAAAAGGUACUUCUGCGAGCUGUGUCUGGAUGACAGCCUGUAUGCUCGGACCUCCUGCAAGCUGAAGACGGACAACAUUUUCUGGGGCGAGCGCUUCGACUUCAGCAGCCUGCCCUCCGUCUCGUCCAUCACGCUCCACUUGUAUAAGGACACGGACCGCAAAAGGAAGAAAGACAAGAGCAGCUAUGUGGGCCUGGUCAACAUCCCCGCUGUCACGGUAACAGGCAGGCAGCUGGUGGAGAAGUGGUACUCUGUGAGCACGCCCAGUACGCUGCGAGCCAAGUCGUCGGUUCCGACAGUCCGGGUCAAAGCUCGCUAUCAGAGUAUCAUCAUCCUGCCGAUGGAGCAGUACAAAGAAUUUGCAGAGUACAUCAGCGCCAACUACCUGCUGCUCUGCUCCACCCUGGAGGCCUCCAUCAGCCUGAGGGCCAAGGAGGAGCUCGCUGCGGCUCUGGUUCACAUCCUGCACAGCACGGGAAAGGCCAAGGACUUCCUGACAGAUCUGAUGAUGUCUGAGGUGGACCGUUGCCGUGACAAUGAUCACCUGAUCUUCAGAGAGAACACGCUGGCCACUAAAAGUAUUGAGGAAUACCUGAAACUGAUUGGACAGAAGUACCUGCAGGACGCCCUUGGUGAAUUUAUCAAAGCUCUCUACGAGUCUGAUGAGAACUGUGAGGUGGACCCGUCUCGCUGUGCAGCCUCCGACCUGGCGGAACAUCAGGCCAACCUGAGGAUGUGCUGCGAACUGGCCUUCUGCAAGAUCCUGGACUCCUACAGGGUCUUCCCACGGGAGCUUAAGGAGGUGUUUGCGUCGUGGCGUCAGGAGUGCAGUAACCGGGGGCGACCAGAUAUCAGUGAGCGGCUCAUCAGCGCCUCGUUGUUCCUCCGCUUCCUGUGUCCAGCUGUGAUGUCACCAUCACUGUUUGACCUCACACAAGAGUACCCCGACGAACGCACGGCCAGAACCCUCACCCUGAUCGCCAAAGUCAUCCAGAACCUCGCCAACUUCAGCAAGUUCGGCACUAAGGAGGAGUACAUGCUGUUCAUGAAUGACUUUGUGGAGCGCCAGUGGAGCAGCAUGCAGCGCUUCCUGCAGGAGAUCUCCAACCCUGACGGCCUGAACCACACCGCCGGCUUCGAUGGCUACAUCGACCUGGGCAGGGAGCUGAGCAGCCUACACACUCUGCUGACCGAGCUUGACCAGGCCUGUCUGUCCAAACUCGGUCCGCUUCCCCGGAUCCUCAGAGACGUGUCGGCCGCCCUCGUCCACCCUGGAGGCAUAGUUGGAGUGGGGGGAGCGUCCAUUUCCUCUCCAGAGCCUCAGAGGGUGGUGUCCCCACCCCCCAUGUCUCCGCCCCCCCUCUCACCCCCCCUGUCUCCGCCUCUGGCUGCCUGUAAUCCCUCGGUUGGCCUGCAGGGUGGGGUGGGACUGGAUGGAGGCUGUGUGGAUUUCACCAGACUUCCGUCACCGACUCCAGAGAACAAAGAUCUGUUCUUCGUCACCAAAGGAUCCAGCUUGCAGCCUGCAUCAGGUCUCCGAGGAUCUCCAGCUCCAAGCUCCUCCUACUCUGAACCCAACGAGAACGAAGCCGGCUACGAUUUGUCCAACGGGAGCCGCAGAGACGGCGCCGAGCUGACCAGCGAGAGCCGCAGCCGCUCUCUGGUGGACCUGCAGGACUCGUCUCCCAGCGACGGGCUGGAGGACGGACAAUGGCAGCGCAGGACGGGUCUCCUCCCGCUUUCCUUCCAGAACCCCGUCUACCACAUGACCGCCACGUCCCCCCGGCAGCCGCAGCAGGCUGAGGCCACGCCCUCGGACGGCUCGGUGGGUUCCCAGGGAAACUGUGAGGACAGGAGCAGCAUGGCCACCAAGCCGGCUUUUCUCACCCAGAUGUCUGUGGGUGUAGGAGGGGGGGAGAGGGGGGAGAGGAUGUCGGCCAUGUCCAGCAGCAGCAGCGGCGAGGAAUAUUCCCGACGAGCUCUGUCUCUCACCGACACGCUCACAGGUGGCUCAGCCCCGCCGCGGCAGAACUCUGGUCCCCAGAGACGCAUCGAUCAGCCUCCCCCGCCUGCCUCUGCUCCACCCGGCCCUCCUCGAGGUCGCACACCUCCCAGCAUGCUCAGUGGAGGUGGCUCCGCCUACCCUACGCGCCCCGCCUCCGGCAGUAUGAUGUCAUCCAGUCCUGAUUGGCCAAACAGCGGACAGUCGCGACUGAGACAGAUGUCCUCAUCAUCUAAAGGAGACAGCCCAGAGAAGCAGCGCUCUGCUGCCAAGGCUCCGUCUCCCUGUGCGUUGGACCGAACCGCCGCAUGGCUGCUCAACAUGAACUCUGCGUCCUCCUACGGCGAGGCAGAGGACGAUCGCCAUGACGACGCUUUGGUGGAGAAGUACCAGCAGGAGAUCGCUCUGCUUCAGGAGAAGCUGCGGCUGGCGGCGCUGCGUCAGGAGGAGUGUGAAGCUCGUCUGAUGGUCCAGGACCAACAGAACCAACGGAUGCUGCAGGAGUACCAGACGCGGCUGGAGGACACAGAGAGCCGACUGAGGAGACUACAGGAUGACAAAGACCUCCAGAUGAACAGCAUCAUCAGCAGGCUGAUGGCGGUAGAAGAAGAGCUAAAGAAGGAUCACUCUGACAUGCAGGCCGUGGUGGACCAGAAGCAGAAGGUCAUUGAGGCCCAGGAGAAGAGAAUCGCCAGUCUGGACGCAGCCAACACCCGUCUGAUGGCGGCGCUGACCCAGCUGAAGGAACGAUACGGCGUGACAUCACAGAGGAACGGCCUGUCUCCUAGCAACACGUCAUCUCUGCAGAUAACUGAGAACGGGGAGUUCCGUAACUCCGGCAACUGCUGAGAGGACGGAUCAGAGCUGUGAUUGGCUGAAACUGCAGGGAAGGGCGGGGCUUAUAAACUGACUCAGACCAAAUGAUAAUCCACCAAUCGGACACGUCCAUGGAAUGUUCUACACCGCCAAAAUGACCUCUGACCUGAUCCCACCUUGUUGCUAGGUUACCCUCCCUCCUAGUUUUGCAUGUUCCUCUUUAUGUUCUUCCUAAAAUGGUGAGAACUUCCACCCUCACCUUACCGGUUAAAUCCGACCUCAGCGGGCCGACAGGCGCCGCUGCAGCCUCAGGCCCCGCCCCCAUGUUGUUCUGCCAUUGUUUUAGAGAUGCUCUGCAUACAGGAAAUGGUCUGACAGAAGGAUGGCGGCGCAGGCAGAGCCGCUCCACUAGGUUAGCCUAGCGUAGCACAGCUGGUGGAAAGUGUUAGCCUAGCUGGAACCCUUGCAGUGAUCGUGUUGGCCUCUUUGGGCUUCCGUAGCUUUGACUAUUUCAUUGGGUGAGCCCAUCCAGAAUUAGACGUUAGUUUGUGUUUCAGAGAAUUUUAAUGUAAACAGAUUUUAUUGUAAAACUUUUAACUUGUAAUGAGUUGUGCCCCCCCUCCCCCCAGUGUU